AUGGCCCACCAUACCAAGAAUAACAAACAGGCCCAAUAUACAAAGAAACAUGUACAAGACAAAUUCGGUAUUGGAAUGGAAUUACUAUCGCAGCAUUGUGUGGCUGAUACACUAAUUCUUUCAUGGGGAAAAUGGGGCAUGUGGUGUGUGGGGAAUAUAGUGAACAAUGGUGAGAAGCAAAUGGUAGAUAAAGAUGUGCCCGAAAUUGUUGCACUUGGGAGUUGA